UGCUUGGAGCAGAGGGAUGCCAGCCAAGAUGCAGCUCCUUAUCAGAUGUAACGGGAGGAUUUUCCUGGCUGUUUGUUUAAUCCUCUUUGUGGGAUGCACAGCACAAGGUGCUCCCAUGCAGAGGGCGAGGUACAAGAGGGUGAGGUGCCGGCCCGACGCCUGGUCUGCCAACUGCAUCGAGGAGCAGGGGCCCUGGUUCCACAUGCCCUCUGGUGGGGCCAACAGGAUCCUUCCUCCCGGGGCCGACCCCUCCUUGAUGAAGAGGUACCAGGAGCUGGGUGACAUAUUCCCUCUCUCCAGUGAGGAUGCCGGCUCUGGGUCCAAUCCCAUGGCGGAAGCAGAGCCAGCCUCUGGGUCGGGGCUCGGUGACAGUGACAGCUUCUCUGAGGCGAAGCUGCCUGCCCUCCUGGAGAGCCUGCGAGGCAGCGAGCUGCAGGAAAAGCUGUCGGAGGAGGAUUUGCUCCUGUAG